AGUGAUUAUGUGUCAUUUUACACUUUUUAAUUUCAAAUACCCCCUUAGAAAAUUAGGGUUCUGAACAUAGCAGGGAAGACGAAGACGAAAUUUCCAGGGGAAGACGAAGACGAAGAAGAAGAAUGCAGGGAACGAAGCAAACGAGAAAGACGACCGCAGUGAAGACGAAGAUGAAGACAACCUCAGCGAAUACGAAGAAAUGUAACUUAGUACUGUAUUCUCCACAGAUUCAAAAGAUAAACGAGGAACAGAAGAAACAAAUCCGCAAAACUGAACGCGCUCUUAAAGUUGCCGAGGAAGAAAUGUUGAAGGCAAAGCUAGAGGCAACUUUCAGAGCAAAAGAGCUGAGUGAGACUCAUGGUGCUUGGCUUCCGCCUUGGCUUGCUGUACACUAUCUCCGUAGUAAGUCCGUGGUUGAGACUCAUUGGAAUGAACAUGGGAAGCCUCUAUUGGAAGUGAUAACGCAAAAGGCUCUAGAGAAAAAGGCACAAGCUGGAAAGUGGGCUGAACCUCAUUUGGAAACAGUUAAAACUAAAUGGAUCCCAGUUGUGAAUGAACAUUGGUCUGUGGUGAAAACAAAGGUUGAACCUCAUGUUCAACUACUGACUACAAAGACUGUUGAAGUUUACAAGUCCUCAAAGGAUGCACUUACUCCCCACUUAAGCAAAGGAUUAGAAUGCGUAGACCCUUAUUAUCAGGAAGUUCGAAAGUUUAGCAAGCCAUACCUUGAUCAGGUCGCUACUGCAGCUAAGCCUCACGUCGAGAAAGUACAAGUAGUUCUGAAGCCCUACACAAAGAAGGUUGUUCAUGCUUAUGGGAAUUUCUUAGAAUCAGCCACUGCAUAUCAUAGCCAGGUCCAAGCUACUGUCCAGGAGACACUGAAAAAACACGAACUUACUAGACCUCUUGCUACUAAAGAAUUGGAAAGGCUACCACUCAGGAUCCCAAUGCAAAGUGAGAGGAUCAAGUUGAGUUGGUUUAAAAGACCCAUAACAGGUGAAGGAAUAUCUAGUGACAAACCAAUUACCCUACCAGAAAAUGAAGACAUACCCACUUCAAAAUGAGGGACUGAUUAUUAUGUUUCUGCUAUGUAUUUUGUAAUCCUUUUGGAAAACUCUUUUGUAAUGCCAACUGAUCUUUGAAGACAUGUAUUUUGUAAUCCUUUUGUAACAAACAUAUGCACUUACUGUGAUGAUCAAUUCUAAUGUAUCAGUUUAACAUUA